AUGGGCGCCCGCGACGGUUUCUCUGCCUUGGCUUGGCUCGUUGCGGUUAACCGCUACUUCAACCUUGCUAAAAUACGUGAUACUGAACAGAACCCCCACGCUCUCUCACACUUGGACAUACCUGGCCCUGUCCGUUGGUUUGAUGGGUGUGGGCUCCCUGAUACCUGCAACUUCAAGACCGAGUUUACCCCUACUUUCAAGCUAGAGUACAUUCCCACCAGCUUUGCAGGUGCCUGUCGUCGACACCUCACCAACCUUCGCAUGACCACCAACUUCUCGACCUACUUGACUACAUUCAUGGAACUUUUGGGUGCCCUCCUUGGUUAUGCUUCCACCGAUGCUGCCAAGGCGACCGUCAACGAGUUCGCCCAAACAUCCUUUAUCGACAACUGCCCUCUGGUCCUUCAACAGAUGAUCGAAGGACACAUUAUCCAAAGCUCCGAUAUCACCCACGUCCAGAUUUUUCAAUGCGCCCAAGAGAUGGACCGUAUUUACUCGUUCAAACCUAAUACCGGCUCCAAGACCAACUCGUCCGCCAUCGCUCCCCUCCCCAUUAUUUCUUCUCUUGCCUCAUCUUCUUACUCCGCUCAAACCACUCCCAUGGAAAUCGAAAACAUCCAGAUCACCAUCAACAAUAUUAACCAAAGAUUCAAUCGCCUAGAGAUAAAUAUGGGUUAA